AUGCCCGCUCUCCGCCUGCUCACAGUCGUCAGUGCCUCGCUCCUCCUCUUGGCCAAAGUUGAUGUUAAUGGUAACGACCCGCCUCAAACACCGGCGCCAACACCCACGCCAGUAAUAAAAUAUGCUGUCAAACUGGGACAAGAUGGCAAGUGUCUCUCCGAGAUCAACAGUGCUCGUAAGAAGGCCGGUUUCAAUGAUUUCGUAAUUCCUCAAGCGGACGCGAAACAGAAAAGACUGCCUGAGCAAGGAGAUGCAGAUUCCGAUAACUAUGCAGAAUGGGUUUGGAAGCCCGUUUGCGAUGUCUUGAUACCAGUGGAUAAGGAAGAGGAAGAAGAAACCCCCAAAACUGAAGAAACAGAGGAAGGCUCUGCUUUGAUUUGCAUGACGACACCUGACGUUCUUCCGGAUAACAGUGAAAACCCUCCUUUCACAGAGGAGCAGUGGGGACAGAUCGUCACCGCCUUCGAAGGAUCUGCCUCGGCCGUCUUGCCCAGUUUGCUCGGCCUUGCCGCAGCAUUCCUUGGCGUUUCGGCAGCUUUGUGA